AUGUACGAAAAACCCAAAGCACCACAAUUUCGAGCAACAAGAAUGUGGAAUAGUCUUGUUCAAAAUUUUCGUUCAUCUAUAAAAUUGAAAAAAAAACGUCAUUUUUUCAAAACAUAUCAAAAUUGUUUUUCAUCAUCAGAUGCCAUUGCAUGUAUGGUUAAUGUUUUACAACAACAAUCGUCGGGUUCCAGUAGUUCGUUGGUUACACGAACACAAGCGAUUACAAUGCUUCAGUCACUUUACAAUGCAAAAAUCUUUUCAGAUAUUAAAGAUGAUUCAAAAAGAACAGAUGCCAAUGAUCCAAAACAGUUUUUAGAUAAUAAAAUUUUCAAACUGUUACCACAAACAGAAGAAAAUAUUUUUCCACUGGUAGCAACGGUUGAGGAUAACAAAUCAAUCGAAUCAAUUUCAAACGAUGAAACGAAAACAUUAUUUUCACCUUCAUCUGUUUUUGAACUCAUGUAUGCAUUUGCUCGACAAAAACGUAAAUUACAUUCAUUUAGUCUAUUUAAACCUUAA